AUGCGGCUUCUACUCGUCGGUGUGCAGUUCCUGACCAUGGUAGCAUCUGCUGCCGUCGAUGUCAGUGCUCGAUCCGUGGCCGAUGAUUUGCUCAGUCUUGUCUCGACCUCAUCUGUUGGCGUCCAGGUGAGGGCGAGAUGGAGUGAUUUUGAUCUGCCCACGCCAUCUGUGAUUGUCAAUGCCACCUCUGAGAAGGAUCUGAGCGCUGUGGUCAAAUACUGCGCCGAAAACAACAUCCCCUUCCUCCCUCAAAACGGCGGCAAUGGCUGGGCGACUGGCCAGUUCAACUUGGGCAGCACCGGGGUCCUCAUCAACCUCGCCGGUCUGAACCAGGUCAACAUCAGCUCUGAUAAGAAGACAGCCACGAUCGGAGGUGGUGCACUCAUCGGUGAUGUGAUCACUGCUGCAGAUGCCGCUGGAGUUCUCGUUCAGACGGGUAACUGCAACUGUGUCGGAGCUCUGGGAGCCGCUCUUGGUGGUGGCUAUGGAAACAUUAUGGGAGAACAUGGCUUCGCCGUCGACAACGUUCUGUCCAUGAGGGUAAUUACCGCCAGCGGAGAAGCUCUGACUGCCUCGAGCACAUCUAACCCUGACCUUUACUGGGCUCUCCGAGGAGCUGCACCAAACUUCGGCAUUGUCACUUCUGCAACCGUAAACGCGUUCCCGACGACGAAUCGCACUUCGUGGAUCAUGUCACUUACCUUCGACCCUGCCAAGAUCGCCGACGUUGCGCAAACAAUCCAGGACCUUCCCCUCCUGCCGCAGCAGGUCGUCUACUUGGUCCUCACGAACUCCGGUGACGCUUCCAACUCUCCCAUGGUUCUCGUUACCGGAUUUCUCCGCGAGGGCACCGAAGAGCAAGGCCUCAAGGCCUUUGCGCCUCUGUACAGCCUUGGCCCCUUGACCAACUCCAGCGCAGUGACGCCCUACACCAGCUGGAACGCUGCAAACGACAACUUCUGUGCCCGCGGGGGCCGCAAGCCGGCAUUCAGCACGACGAUCAACAACAUGAAGGCGGAGACAUGGCCCGCGAUCUGGUCCCUUUACACCGGCUUCCAAAACCAGUCGACCGCUCAGAACUCUGCUGUUCUGAUCGAGCGCUACAACCUGACUACUGCCAAGUCAAAGCCUGCGGGCUCCGCAGCGAUGCAAGACGAGCUUCGCCAGGAGGCAUUCGCGCAGGCCAUUGUGAUCCCAUGGUAUGAGGAUGUCACUCUGGACUCUGUGGCGGAGACCUUUGGCUCAAAGGUCAGGGACAUCUGGAGCUUCUCGUCUAGUGCUGUUGUGAACCCUACGUACAUCAACUUUGCUCACGGUGACGAGGAAUUGGAGGCGAUUUACGGAUCCAGCUUGGACAGACUGAAGACUCUCAAGACGAAGUACGACCCCUCAGGAGUCUUUGGUCAAUGGUUCAAGAUCCAGUGA